AUGCAGGGGAGGCCACUGUUCCGAGCAAACAUGGCUACAGAAAGGCAUGCUGGCAAGAUAUACACCAGAGAAAUGUUCGAGCAAUUUGGUCAUAUUAUAUACGAAUGUGGUGCCUACCAAGUAGAAGAGGUGGAAAAGGGUAAAACUUAUGUUGCAAUCCAUACAGAUGCAGCACGGAGAGAGAAGUGGUGCAGGAUUUCAUACAAGGUUACUGUGUUGGACGGUGGAGAGGAGUUUGACUGCGAAUGCGGACAAUUCACUCACAUGGGAUUGUUGUGCAGCCAUAUUCUUAAGGUCCGAGACUUCAUCCGCGUAACAGAAAUACCGAAGAAACACAUAGUGAAGAGGUGGACAAGAGAUGCCCUGGACAUCCUGCCUCCACACCUGAGCCAAUACCAGAAGGACAAUGCUAACAACAACAACCCCUUUAGUUACAGGCAUUUCAACAUGUUUAUGCAAGCGAUGGAGCUUGUCCGAAUGGGGGAUGCAAGUGUACAAGCAUAUGAUCGCCUUGUUGCACUGUUCAAGCAUUGUGCUGAAGAAAUGAAGCCAUUUGCUGAUAUUAGAGAUGGUCUUGGCCUAGAGGACCGGAUGGCUGAAAAUGGGGUUGUUGUGAACCAGUAUCCGGCAGAAGCUGAUCAACUAGGAGUUGAUAUGGCAACAAAUGGAGUGAUGGUGAACGAUGAUAUCAACUCUGGGAAUGAAUCAGGUAAUAUGCUUGCAGGAAUGUUGCCUCCUGCAAAGAGGAAGGAAAUGGGUAGGCCAACGACAAGUCGAGAGAAGGCUCCGUACGAAGGGCUGAGCAAGAGAACUAGAUUCUGUACAAUAUGUCGACGGGAAGGGCACAAGCGAACUACAUGUCCUGAUCACGGGGAUGUGCCGAAGCAGCCCCGGAGGUCUGGAAGAUGCAAGAACUGUGGCGUUGAAGGGCACCGCAGGAAUAACUGCCACAAAGCGGCUGAGCUGAGGAUGAAUAUAUUAGCGUAUGAGCCUUUGUAGAAUGUUAAUCUAGAUGUCGUUCUGUACGCUUAUUUAGUGAUGUACCCAAAAUGUUUAUGCGUUGUGUUACUGAACUUCUCUGAAUAAUAGCUGCUUGCAUCUACAUUGUCUCUGGCUGUAUUUGUUUGCUUUAUCUGCGUUG